GAGUGCAGUACGGUUUGUGUUUCAAAAAUGGCAUUUGUCAUAGUGCAAACGCGAAAAAAUAAAAAUUCAAAACCGUGUAUGACGGUGGUUCCCGCUAAGUGGGCAAAACGAGACCACGUAUAUUGGCCCCCAAAACACUUAAUUUCAUUAUCGAAAGACGUGGCCUCCGAACCAGAUGUGGACAGCUGGAAAAUUCAAAAAUGUAAGAUCGUGGGCCAAGGAGUAAGUUAUGCUGUAGCGGAGGAUGUGAUGCGUCGACUGGAGGCUGUUACGGAUUCGGAGGAUGCCGUUCAUCUCAGUAGGGGAACUCGCAACAAUCCGGGAAAGAAAAAGGAAAAGUUCAUGGCAAAAACUUAUCAAUUGCUGAAAAAGGAUAAUACCGGACAGACAAUGCAACCGGAGCCACAAAUAACCUGCCAAGUUCUCCCGGCUGCUGCGACGUUGCCCGAUCCUGUUGCUGAAACGAGUGCAACCAUCACAGCAUGUCCCCCAGUUACAGAAGGAACUCAGCUAAGCAACACAGCACAGUUUAUCAUUCAUUCUGGUGAUGGCAAGCAGUUCCUUCAAAUGUAUGAUGGACAGUGCUUGGAAAUAGUUACAGCACCUACCGAAGAAGUAAACGUUGCUUCAACAUCUAGAACUAAUCCAGGAGAGUCUACACCUCAAAACUUCGCAGCUCCAAUGGAUAUAAAUCCCAGUGUCGCCGCUUUCAAUCAUCCAAAUACGAUUAUAGAAGCUGUACUUAGUCAAUCCUCUGAAACGCUGGCAACGCAAACUGUUCAAGCCGAAGAAAGUCCUCUCCUACACAUCGUACCAGAAGACAAAUCAGUUAUGGUCAUACUUCAGGAUUUACAAACUCGUGUCAGUCGAAUGGAGGCGAUGCUGGAAAAGGUUGUAGAGUUCAUGGCAAACGUCAACCGACUGUUUGAGACGAAAAAACCUUCCAAAAUUUCGGAAGGUGAACAAAAGAAAUUUGAGGACUUUUCUGAGUUUGAGCAGCUAUUACCAAUUUCCACUGAAAAUAAGCUAAAGGAGCUGGAUCUACAGCUAAACAAUCAGCAUUAUGCAGACAAACUAUACAGAUUCUUCGAAACAAUUUUUAAACUGAAUGGUAAGCGCGAAGGAAAGUCAUUUUUCCGGAAUCUUAUUCGCAAACUCGUCGAACCGUCCGUUCUAACCCCAUUUUCAUGGCUUGGGAACACAAGAUCUAAGAAGGGAGAAGCUCCCGUUGUAAAGAACAAAAGUUUUAAACAAGACUUCCCUACUUUGAUCUUGUUCGUCAGUCGCAUCUUAAGAAGUGCAGAUUUCGAGUUUUCCGCGGAAGACACUGAAGUGGCAUUUGGUCAGUUCCUUAGACAAAAAAAUACUGAACUAAAACGAAAACAACUGCGUUCAGGGCCGGCCAAGUUUUCCCAUGUUAAAAAAAGACGCCCAGACACUGCAUCGAACCUAACAGCACCAGUAACUACUACGUAUAAUGUGGAACAACAUCCGAAUGCCCAAGCGUUUCCGCCGCAGCAAGACUUAUCUGAGGACCAUAUUCAAGCUGGAAGUUCUAAAAGCGGUAUGAAUCUGGAACAACAACAACAACAACAACAACACCACCAACUCGUUACAUCAGAUUCCAGCAGUUUUAGUAACAGUUCUGACAUUGAUUAGUGUUUAGAGCUUUUCUUGUUUCUUAGUUUUAUUCUUUAAUUUUUUUAAUUUUUUUUUUCUUCUAGAAGAAAUGCAUUCAUUGCAUUUCUGUUCGAAUUAUCUAUAUUUUAAAGAUUGCAGUAGUAAUGCUACGUUUGAAAUGCUGGAAGUUCAUUUUAAAUUGACCAUUGUUGAAAUAGAAAACGAUUAGUUCUGAUAAUUAGGCUUUCAGCGAUCGUGUACGUACACGCACGUUUCACUCACACUUUUACUCGGUUUGUUUGCAACCACGAGCAGCUGUCACGGCAAAAUCAAAUGGGAUUGUUUGCAACCACGAACCUGCGUUCAUGUUGGUGAGAAAUGUCGGCGAGACCCUAAUUGUUAUGAAAAAUAACAUUCAAAAUAAAAAAAAAUGUUCUGAAAAAAAUGUUUUCUGAAAAAAAAAUGUUGCUUGUAUUUUUUAAAUAUUUUCCUACUGAUCCGCGUCCUUAU